AUGGAAGCCACACUGAUCUCAUCGUCGCCAGUACUAAGAUUCCAACCAUUGAUGACGCCACGGAAGAUCGUCGCCGGAACCAAAAGAAGACGAACCACCGUGCGUGCGGACUACUAUAGAGGAGGAAAAGUGGUGGACGAGAACAUGGUGGUGCUUAGGAAACGGAUCCACGAGAUGAAAAUGGUUGAGCGAAACUACGAACCUCCUAGCCAUUGGAUGCAUUGGGAAAAACGUUUAUAUUGCAACUACGACGCUACUAUUUGUGACGCUCUUUCUCUUCUCCAAACUUUCCUCAUGAACUCUCGUCCAAGCGUUGCGUUUGGAACGCUGCUUCUUAUACUAGUCAGUGUUCCUGUCUCAACCACAGUCUUCGCGUUUCGCAUCCUCGACCUUGCUCUUUGGCUAAUGGAUGCCGUUCACGUAGGAUGA